UAGAUUCAGGGGGUGAGUCUCCUCAGAUGUCCUUAAGACCAUGAAGUAAAAAUGAAGGAGGAACAAAGAAAAAAAAAAUAAAGAGGAACUGUGAAGCUAAGUCCCUAGUGACUGGCAGCAAAGCGGAGGAAGUAAGGGGGGAGUUGUAAAAGAGGCGGUGUCAACAGCCUGAUGAUGAAAGAGGGGACUUUGCAGAAGGAGGCAACCUGACAUAUCAGGACUUCUACCACUGUAGAAACAGCUCGGGCACACCAAGCCCAGGCAAACAGCAACGGCAGAAGUGGAGAGGACGCUUAUCACUUCCCUGAGAAGAAAAGCACAUUUUCAGUUUCAUGCAUGUGAGUGAGCGCUCAAUUGCUGUCUUCCCUGGCUAUCCUGCUAAAACCCAGUGUUCACUGUGCAUAUCCAGGUUAAGGCUCGCGAUCAGGCCGCCUCUUCUGCCAGUGAAAAAACUAAGUCUUUACUGCAUAAAUUAGAGGAAGCAAUUUCAGAACAACGGAACCUCCAAACUAUAAAUAGUGAGUUAUCGAACACUUGCCAGAAGCUUCAGGAGAAGACAAGAAAACUGAAAAAGGUUUUUAGAUGAGGAAUUUUCUCACGAUGAUCCCCCGUCCUGCCCAGAGAAAAUUCAACCAUCUCUUCAAGAAAAAUUGAUGCCUUGUCUCUGGAUAGUCUUACAGUGAUUCCAAGGCCACAACUGACAUCUUCCUUAUGUGUAGCCAACCCAACUGAGGCUUCAAGUGAAAGAUCCAAAUAUGGAGAAAUAAAGGAUGGUGCUUUGGAUGUGAAGAGACAACACAAGUGUCCUGUAGGUGGUCCAGACCCAGGAGCAGAUCUUUCGGGUUACAUCGAGAUGAAUGACAACCUAAGUAUGGAAGAGAAUGGUGUUGAACACUUGGGUUCUGAGGACCUGCCACAGUCCAGGGAAUAUCUCACACUACCGUCGCCUGGACACAUUUCCUCCUCAGAGAGUACUGUAACUUCAAGUGAUUCUGGAUCAGACGUUUUGAAUAUGGCUUCUGGUGGCCUUGACUGUAAAUCACUCUGUGAGAAAGAGGAGGCAACAAGACCAGUGUCUUCCGUGACAGAGAUCCAAGGCACCAGUCCAGAUCCUGAGAACAUUGUAUGCCAAGACACUAUGAGUAAGGAUAAAGCCAUAUCAAAUCUGGAAGCCAAGGAGGAACCCAAAACAAUAGAAGAGCAUAGAAAAGAAUGUGCUUCAGGAGAAUCUGGGAUUUCCCCUGUUCCAGUAACUACUGCGAAAUCGGUUAACUUCAGACAAAGUGAAAACACGUCUGCUAAUGAGAAGGAAGUGGAGGCGGAAUUUCUCAGAUUAUCUUUGGGAUUUAAAUGUGACUGGUUUACAUUAGAGAAAAGAGUGAAGCUUGAAGAGCGAUCCCGGGACUUGGCAGAAGACAAUUUGAAGAAAGAAAUCACUAACUGUUUAAAGCUCUUGGAGUCUUUAACACCUCUGUGUGAAGAGGACAACCAGGCCCAGGAAGUCAUUAAGAAGCUGGAGAAGAGUAUAACGUUCCUCAGCCAAUGUGCAACUCGAGUAGCCAGUAGGGCUGAGAUGUUGGGAGCCAUUAAUCAGACUCAUCUCUUCUUAAAAAAUACCUUUGACAUUUUAGUUGGAUUUAGAGAUGGAGUGAAGGAAAGCCGGGUUAGUAAAGCAGUUGAAGUGAUGAUUCAGCAUGUAGAAAACUUGAAGAGAAUGUAUGCCAAAGAGCAUGCUGAAUUAGAAGAACUGAAACAGGUUCUCUUGCAGAAUGAAAGGUCUUUUAACCCUCUUGAAGAUGAAGAUGACUGCCAGAUUAAAAAACGUUCAGCUUCUCUGAACUCCAAGCCAUCUUCUCUACGAAGAGUGACUAUUGCUUCUUUACCCAGAAAUAUUGGAAAUGCAGCAAUGGUUGCUGGGAUGGAAAAUAAUGACAGAUUCAGCAGGAGGUCCAGCAGUUGGCGUAUUUUGGGGUCAAAGCAGAGUGAACACCGUCCCUCAUUACAUCGAUUUAUUAGCACCUAUUCCUGGGCAGAUGCUGAAGAUGAAAAAUGUGAACUGAAAACUAAAGAUGACUCAGAACCUCCUGAAGAAGAAAUAGUAGAAAGAACAAGGAAGACAAGCCUUUCUGAAAAGAAAACUAAUCCAUCAAAGUGGGACAUCUCUUCCAUUUAUGACACAAUAGCUUCCUGGGCAACAAAUCUCAAGACUUCCAUCAGGAAGGCUAACAAGGCCUUCUGGAUUUCUGUAGUGUUCAUUGUACUGUUUGCAGCUCUGAUGAGCUUCCUCACAGGCCGAUUUUUCCAAAAAUCUGUGGAUGCUGCCCCCACACAGGAAGGGGACUCCUGGCUAUCUCUAGAACAUAUCUUGUGGCCAUUUACCAGCCUCUGCCACAAUGGGCCACCACCAGUGUGACCAGUGAUCCAGUGACCAGUGAAUCACCAGUGUGAUGUAGUGCAUCCUGAUAUCUUGAUUUUUAAUGUUUCAGUAUCUGAACUUAAUAAAUUAGUAACUUUUAGUUGGGAAAGUAUAGUACAAAACCAGAAGUUCUUAGAACAACUGUAAAAUGUUUUACAUUCCCAUUUUUUGCAAUCACCUUCCCAACUAAACUAAAGGGAGGAGAAUUUGCCUAUAUUUUAAUGAGCUCUUUGAGAAAGAAAUAUAUAUUGUUUUGAGAAAGAAAUAUAUAUUGUUUUGCUAAAACUUAUCUAAAUAAAGAUCCAUUUAAAUCUUCA